UUAGAGCAGCAGCAAACCAGCAAGGACGAGUCAGACGGAUAAAAAAGACCAUGUAACUGUUUGCUUUUUAAUAGAAAUUAUAUAUAUUAUAUAUUUUUUGCAUUUUAAUGGUCCCUUUUGGAAUCAGCGAUAUGACUAUUAAUCAUUUUAAAAAGCCGUGAGGAAGAGAUUGGAUCUGAAACUGGAAUAGACAGAUGCAGGAGGUCUGUUGUGAUGGCGGGUGUCAGCCGGUUCCAUGUGUUGUGGACAAGAACAGCGGAGUUGCUGCUCUUUUGGAUGUCCAUACUGGUCUCUCCAUCCCUCCUCCAGCCCACUCCUCCUCUCUCCCUGCCGGUCCAGAUAUCAGUAAUCCCUCCUCUCUGGCAGUUCUUCCCUCUUUCCCAGGUGGAGCUGGGCCCUCUGUUCUCCAACUCCAGCCCCUUCUCCUUCUCCCAGAGCAUUUUCAUGCUGCCCCCACUCAGCCCGGUUCCCACUCCGAGCCUCCAGGCUUCAUUUGGACCUUACUCAGUUUCUGAGCUCAUAUCAGAGCCUGUCCUCCCUCCAUCUCUCCUGUUGUCGGCUUCCCUCCUCUCAGAGAAUGUAGAGAGAGGAUGGGAUGAGGAGGGGCAGGAGAGGUUCAUGGUGAGGGCUUUGUUCCAUAAGCGAGGCAACAUCAGCACCCAACGGAGCUGCAUCACCCUCCACGCUUUCAAGGACACGGAGGAGCACAGAGCCUCCUGUAUCACACUGCCUCCUCUAGGGCUGUGUGUGGUCACUCUGACGCUUCCCAACGGCUGGUUUGAGGAUCAACACACCCAACAACCACAUCAGGGUCUGGACAGAUGGUACAGCAACCCUCGUCGCCAGGUGCAGACGCGGCAGCAGGGACAACAUCACCGUGGAAACGUCAACCGUCAGCGACCAGAUUCCUCUUCACGGAGUUCGGCUGUUGCUGCUCCAUGGGCCCUCAGAUACCAACACAACCAAAUACAGCUUUACUACUCUUCCUUCGGCACAGUGGAUGGCCUACAGCGGACUUCAGCAGGGUGUCUGGAGGACAGAGUGGCUCAGUCCCAGGGACAGCUCUUCUUCAUGAAGACAGUGUCGCUGGUCGAGCAGGAGGACGAGGGGAGAAAGCAGAGCAGGUCCAGAAAAGAGGACGUGUGUCUGAACAGGCAGGAAGAGGAGGAGCUUAAAGUGGACUCCCAUGUUGUGAUUCGCUAUCACAGGGGCCCGGUCCUGGUGGGACAGCCAAUCAGGGUUUCUGUAAAUUUGAGAGCUAAUUUCACUGCUCAGUUUGUCGUCAUCAGUCUGAAGGUGAAGAGGGGCUUGGUGUCAAUCGUGGCCCGGAGAACUCUAACCUCCGACCUGUGGGCAGUGACCCUGGAGAGAAGCCAAGACUCCGAACACGACGUGGUUUCCAUCGUCUGCCACAAACACAGCAUGCUGAAGCAAUCUCCUGAUCCCACUGUCCUCCAGCAGGUGGUGUGUCUGUCCGUCGAUGGAUUGAGGCGGAGCUUUGGCGUGGCCAUGACGGUGUCUGCCAGCUGGUGGGUGGAGUACUCUGGGCGUAGUAACCCCCCAUCUUCACACAGGACGGCAACGAGCAUCUUUUCUUUCACUGAUCGACACAUCUAUGGCAUUGCUCCCGUCACAGAGAGUAACACCAUCAUCAACACAGCCAUACUGACCAACCAGCCGGUGUCGCUGCCUGUGAUGGUUCUGGCUGUAGGCGACGAUGAGAAGGUGUCCGAUGUUACCUCUGCAGUCACCUGCCGUUCGACCAACGAGAACACUAUCAAGGUGUCCAGUGAUUGCUCCACCCUCUUUGUGGACGGCAGUGAGUCCGGGCUGGGGAACACCUGUGCAGUGGUGGAGUUCGUUCUGGGCAUGCUCCGUGGGUCUGUUUGUCUGGAAGUGUGGGCUCCAUCGGUGCCUCUUCAAGUGUCCUUAGCGGAUCCUGUUCUCAAUGCCAUCGAUGGCUGGAACCUCUUCACAGAAAACGGGUGUGUUCCGGUCUAUCAGCGCUCCUCCGUCCAGGUUCUGACUCAGUUCACAGCUCAGGACUCCAACAGUAAGUCCAUCCAUCUCCUGGGCUCAUCCGAUUGGUUUGUUGAUGUCACAGAGCUGGUCCAUGACUGGCUCAGAGUAGAAGACUCCCAAGUGGCUGCCCUUGGCUAUCACAACACCGUGAUUGGCUUACGACCAGGAAAGACGUCGCUGCAUAUCAUCUCUGAGCAGUGGGACGGUGUCCUCGGCAGGUGUGACAUCACUGUCACCCCUGAUGCCGUUGUCCCCGGCGACUUGCAUGUCCAGGUGGUCAGCGGUCUGGGCAUGUCGGUCACGGCCGGCUCCGCCCACCCGUCCAUCAUCACAGCGACAGUGACGGCUUUCAACAUCCUGUACCAUCAUCAGCAGGAGGCGUCCAUCAGUGUUUGGCUCCAGUUCAGUGAUGAUACCGCCUCCCUGCUCUCCACCUUCAGCGACCUGCCAUUCGUCCUCCAUCUCUCCUCGCUAGCGGAGACUGUGGUUGCCGUGGCGCCCAGCCCCGUCCAACGCAUCUUCGCCCAGGGUGACGGAGGCGGGCCUUUACUGCGAGCAGAACUUUUGGUUUCUGCCUGUGCUGAUCUUACUUCCAACUCCAUCCACGAGGGCAACAGGGAGUGGGCAAACGUCAAAGGGAACGGAGGCACCAGGAAGCUGGCCAGUGGAUCAGGCUGGAUAAGAGUCAAUCUAGAUCUUGGAUUUAAGCAGCCAGGAGGAAAGAAGGAUGAGGAAGAGUUUGAGGUGAACAUUUCAGACAAGCUGGUUGAAGCAUACAGUAACAUCUACACAUCAGGUGAGAAUGAAAAUGGAAAUGUGAGUUAUGACUACUAUGACAAAAUCAGUCAGAGGAUGACUAGAAGGAAGUGGAACGAGGUGGGCAGCAGAGAGAUGGUCAGUCAGACCAUUCUGGAAAGAGCUGUGCUGAUGCCCAAACUAGAGGAGGACACGAAGUACUCGUCCCCAAGCCAGGAGAAAGACGAGGAGAGGGGAACGGAGGAGGACGGAGAGGGAGCUGAAGACCUGGAGGUGGGUUUAGGUGCUGUCCUCUCCCUGCUCUGCCUGUCUGCUGCCCUCUUCCUGGCGAACUGUCUGCCAUGCAUCUUACGGGACCGGACAAGACGGACCAGGACAGGGGAGGACAGGGAGGGACAACUGGGAGGGAGUUCAACAGAAGACAAGGGGGAAGGUAAGAAGAGACAGGGAGACGACUGGGAGGAAGUAGAGAUGAAGAACAGAGAAGGUGAAGACGAGCUAAAUAAGAAGCAGGAGGGGACUGACAAAGAAGAUGUUACAGAAGUAGAGAUCGUUUGCUGUUAGACCCGAAAGAACAAUGUCCACAUUACAAUCUCUGUUCUCUGUGAUACAACAGGAGAAAAAACAGCAUGAAACUUUGUUCUACUGUUGGAACACAAAGGUUUCAACUCUUCCAUUAAACCCUGUCAGUAGGACUGGUGGAUCAAUGAGGCCUUUCCUGUUACUAGGCAGAACUGCAGAUCAGAGUUGUCUGUUUUCACUCCAACAUGGCAGUUGAAAAACAUCAUGCAUAAAUGAACGAAUUUGGAUGAAGUUUUCAGAGAAGGUCAGAAAUGAUUCAAGGACCAAGUGAUUAGAUUCUGGCAGUGACGUGGCUUAUAGCCUGGAUUCACUGAUUUAACAAAAAAAAUUGUUCAAAAUUACUUAAAAUUUGCCCAAAAUAACUGAAAAUUUUGCUGAAUGACUCAGAGUUGUCCAAAAUGAGAAAAUAAUUGUCCACAAUGACUAAAAAGUUUACAAAAUGAUUCAAAUUUAUCCAAAAUGACUCAAAAUUUGUCUAAAAUGACAAAAAAUGUCCAAAAUGACUCAAAAUUGUGCAAAAUGACUCAGAUUUUACCAAAAUAAAUAAAAAUUUUCCAAAAUGACAAAAAAUUGGUCUAAAAUGACUAAGAAUUGGUUCAAAAUUACUCAAAUUUGUCCAAAAUGAUGAAAUAAUUGUCCAAAAUGACUUAAAAUUUGUUUAAAAUUACAAAAAAAUUCCAAAAAUGACAAAAAAAAUUCAAAAAUGACAAAAAAAUUGGUCCAAAAAUGACCAAGAAUUGGUUCAAAAUGACUCAAAUUUUGCCCAAAAUGUCUAAAAAUUUUCCAAAAUGACAAAAAAUUGGUCCAAUUUGACUAAGAAUUGGUCCAAAAUUACUCAACAUUGAUCCACGGAUUAGUUAAAGAUUUCUGUAUCAUUGCCACAUAGUGGCACAGUGUCACUGUAACCAUGACAACAAGUGAGCACUACAUCAGCUGCUUGCUGAUGAUCACAUGAUUGUAAUCCGACUACAAAUCCACCGCUGAAGACCAAUGUUCAUAAACCUGUAACUGUGAAUAAUUCCUACUUUUUAAAAAAAUUAACAGUUUGAAGACAUAUUAAAGUCAUUUUGGACCCAUUUUUAGUCAUUUUUUUAAACCCUUCUCAGCCAUCCUAGACCAUUAACUCAUCUUGGACAGAUUUUGAAUCGUUAAGGAGGAUUUUUUGAGCAAGUUCUGGACUAAUUUGAGUCAUUUCUAGUCAUUUUUGCACAUAUCUCGUGUCAUUUUGACAACAUUUAGGGAACACGUUUAUUUUAUGAGGUCAAACUAGAGUCAUUGUGGAUAUGUUUUUAUUGUUUUUAGUCAUUUUUUGGAAGUCUUCUAAGCCAUCCGAGAUGUUUAACUCAUUUUGGAAUGAUUGUGAAAAGGAAAAUAGGAUUGUUUUGAACAAGUUCUGGACAAAUUUCUAAUAAUAUUGGACAAAUGUGGAGAUUUGUUAAAGAUUUCUGUAUCAUUGCCAGAUAGCGGCAUGGAGUCACUGUAACCAUGACAACAAUUUAACACUACAUCAGCUGAUUGUGAUCCUACUACAAAUCCACCACUGAGGACUUACCCGGACUUAUCCAUCAGAAAUGAUAUAAGGAACAACUGCUUAAAUUGUGGGGGUGUUUCUGAGUCCCAUCAAUUCCCCUCGCCUGCUACAUAUUUAGGUCACGUGAUGUGGUAUCCGUACAUAACGUACACAUGCAUAACACACGCCUGUGCUCAGGUCAUUGUGUUUGUGGGUACAUCUGUGGACACAUUCUAUAGUGCUGUGAUUUCUGAUCAUCAAUAACUAAUAAAAAAAAAUGCUGCAUUUCUGACAUAUGGGGGAAUGAGCAGCCUUGGAGGAGGAUUGUGCUUUCUAAGGGCUUUUCUUGUUUCUUGUUUUAAAAGAAACAUGAUUAAAGAAGCAUGUUGUGCUCUCAGCCUGUCCAAUACAAACUGUUCAGACAUGUUCAUCAGACUACCAGGUAAAGUUCAACUUGUCCAGGUACAUUCAGUUUCAGCACUAGAAUGGCAGCAGAAGAAACAACAAAGCAACUCCGUUUUUCAUUUUUAAUCCCAUCCAUCCAACACAGAAACAAGAGAAAUCCUUUUUUCAGCUGUUUAUCUGUCUAAUCCAAGUGUAACUAGAAUGAUUCUGUUAAUGGUGAGAAAAUAACCCUUUUUAUUUUCCCAUUCAGUUGUCUGUUAACUCUCAGUCUAUAGCAGAGCAGUUCAGUUCGUCAGUAAGUAUCUGGCUCUUGUAGACAUGCAGUUAGUCAGCAGCACCAAACAGCUUUUCAGCUUGUAUCUUGACGUAUGAAAUGAAGGAAGUCUGAUCUUGAUAUUGAUUCAGCUCUGAGUAGAAGGUCAGCCCACAUGUGAAAAUUAAACAGUUAAACUGUCCAGUUUCA